UUUAGUUUGUAGUUUGUAAAAAAUAAAGAAAGGAGCUCUGUUUGCUAAAAUAAUUAAAAAUGACAGAUAAAUAUUCAUCAGAUCUUUGUCGAAUUGUGAUUGCUCAGAUUUCGCAAACCAUAGGUUAUAAUUGUACUUUAAGUGCUCCUUUGGAACUACUACAAGAUGUUAUGCUAAAGUUUAUGCUUGAGUUUGCCCGUGACCUCCAUGGACACAUGGAACAUGCUAAUCGUCUCGAACCAAGUGUUAAGGAUGCUCGGCACAGUUUAAAAAGUCUUAAUAUUAACAUACAAGAGCUAUUGGAUUAUAUUGGUAAUGUAGAGCCAGUGGGAUUUACGCGCGAUGUACCACAGUUUCCUAUAAAAAGGGCAUCGAAUAUGAACUUUUUGAAGCCGGGCAGUGCCGAAACCCUGACGCGACCUAUACACAUCUUCGAAUAUUUGCCCCCAAUGAAGAAAUCUGAGUGCAGGGAGACUGAAAAGGCAGAAUCCACACAAAAACUGGAUGAUCUCGGUGUUAAUUCGGAAAUCUCCGAUAAACUUGGUUGUUUUAAUCAUCAAAAUAUAGAAUCCCAGUCUCCGAACCCAGCCAGAUUGUAUUUCCCUUCAUCAAACAAUAAUAGCAACGUUGACUCGGAUCAGAACCGAUCUUCCAUGUGGGAACUGAACAGUGUGGUGAUGACUACAGGCGGAUUUAUCAGUCCAGCUAUUGAAGGCAAACUACCAGAAGCCGUUGUACCAGAUAUAAUUGAGGAAUACAAAGGUCUGGAUGCACCGCCCAUAGAAUCGUUAAUUCCCCAAUCCUUGGCCGGCUCCGCCAAAUUGGAAACAUUGUCGAAAAAGAUAAAGACACCAUUGCCAGAGCUAGAAAUAGAUAAUGGCAAACAAAUAUCUGAAUCAAUAACUACAACAAAGGAGAGUUCGGAUUCAUCAUUAUUUAAUAAUAAUAAUAUACCGACGCCCAAAGCAUCAUCUAAGAAAAACAAAAAGCAGAAAGAUGACUCAAGUCGCGAUGAAAACGAUUCAAAACAAAAGGAAAAAGCCCAACGAAGAGCCAUGAAGUUAUAUCAAAAAUUAGCAAAGAAUCAAAGCAAUGAAAGUCAAAUGUUAAAUUUUAAAAAGUCGAAAAAGUCAGCUGAUGGAAAUAAGGCACAACAACUCGAAAAGCUAAUUAGAAAACAGGCUAAACAAAGGCAAAAGCAAUUAAAAGGUUUAACAAUUGAUGAUAAAAGUUUGAAUUGUAUGGAAAACCACGAAAAAAUAUUUGCACCUGAGAGUUUGGUUACAGAAAAUCCAGUAUUUGUUGAAAGUUCUACUGAGCUGAUAUCUGCUGUGCCUGCAAGCCAAUAUGAAAUUGAACAGACUUUGGGGCCUAUUUUGUCAGAAGCAAAAAAGACUUGCGAGCCAGAACGAAAUAAAUUGGAUAUAUUUAAGAAAAUAACAAAGCAGAAAACGGGUUUACCACUUAGUAAUACAAUUGGUAAACCCAUUAUAACAGGAAGCACACCUAUAAUAAGCUUACCUUCGGGGACAACCAUAACUCCUGCAAAUGCACAAACUCCAUUGCCUUCACCUUUAAUUUCUUUAAAUCCAGAGACAACAAUAAGAAAUUGUAAUAUAACGGAGUCAAGACCUUCGUCUGAAGUUAAUCCCAUUAACAUGUUAGUUAAGUCCAAAAAAAGGGGCCGCAAACCGGGUGGAAAAAAUCAAAUAAAACCAACAAAUCUCUCAACAUCUCAAUCUUUAAUUACAUUUCCCAAUUCAAUUAAUUCCGCAAACUUAUCCACUGAGCAGCCUCUUAACCUAAGCAAUUUCACAGAUCAAAAAGUGAAUUUAAUUUCAAAAAAUUUGAUUUUAAAAGAAAAGAAGGAGAAGAAAAAGGGCAAAUUAAAAUAUGAAACCCCAAGCUUAACCGGAGAUAAAAAUUCCAAUGAAAUCAAUAAGAAUAUUAUGUUCACUUCUCCAGAAAAAAUCUCUUUAACCAAAAUAAAUGUCGUUCAUGACCAGUUUGUCACACCGCCAAAUCCAACAGUUACACCCAUAUACUCCGCCAAUCAAGGAGGAGCAGGAGCAGGUAUGGUGGCAAUGCCUUUGCUGCCUCUUCUACAUUUUCCACCGCAACCUGGUUUGAUACCCUCGGGGCCACCACCUGGUCUUUUCCCUGGAGUAGUAUCUGGUCUGGUGGGAUUUGGUGGGGGUAGCAAUCCAAACAAGGUGGGAAUUCCUCCAUUUUUUGCCUUCUCCGGUCCACCUAAUACUUCUUCUGUUGCUGUCAAAGAUGACGAUGCUUCAAACUCAGACCAACUAAAAUUAUUUCGUCAGACGUCUUCCGAAAAUAGGAACUACUGCAAUGUUGCACCUUUAAUCCCACCCGACUCUAUUAAACUAACCGAAUGUGGAGAAGUAGCUUGUGUGUCUACAAAUGUGGACAGUUCAUAUGCACUGACUAUGCAAAAAGGUAAAGCUACUGGCAAUCUGGGCGACCCCAUUGAAGUCUCAGACGAAGACUCCGAUGAAGCUAUAGAAAAAGGAAGAAUGCCAGAGACACCGCAAUCAUUUCAAGAUAAGUCCCAGCUGGACUUAAGUAAUAUACUGGCCAUACCUGAUAAAAAAAUUAAGGGCCCUGUGAAAUUAAGCUUGAUAACUUCCGCCAGUUCCACAUCAGCAACCUCCAUUUCAGCCAAAUCACAAUUUUCGCCGCGAUUCCAAUUGCCCACUUUUAUGGGCGGGGGCGACAAAUUCAGUUUGGCGGGUGGAGCAGAUCUUAUACCAUUAUCACGCGUAGAUUGCGGCUCUGCAUAUUCCUCACAAAAGGUGCCCUCCAAUAGCUUGACAGCUCAGCAUUACACAAACGAUGAUCAUCAAUCGUUUUUGCCCAAAUUUCCGACUUACGAAGACAUUACCAUAACACCAACAGGAGUAGCAUCUUCGACAGAUCUCAAGCUGCGGAAGCAUCACAAAAAGCUGAAGAAAAUAAAAGAGGGAAAAGUCAAGAAAAAAAAGGACAAGAAAGAAAAAUCAAAGGAAAAGGAUCUUUUUUUUAACGGGAGCAUGUCGACCACAUCCGAUAAAAGUGACAAGAAAAAGCUGAAGAAAAAGAAAGAUAAGCAACAGACCACAUCCAUAAUCCAAAUACCCGAUGAUGACGGGGACGGGGUGUUGCCUUUAACCAACAACAUCGUCGAACGUGGCCCCGCUCCAAACUUAUUUGUGGGCGCAACUCCUACAACUGCAAUUUCCCCAAAGUCACCUCCAACUCCGAGUCCUUCUCCAACACAGAUACCAAAAUUAACACUGAAACUAAGUGGGAAAUCCACACCUUUGCCACUUACUGGUGAAACGAUGGACAACGAAACACCUCCGACUAUCCAACGGGAAAGAGAUCAUUCGCCGGAACUAGCACGCUUCUCUCCAUUGGUCACUGGUCCACCGAAAACGAAACAAUCUGACCCAAUCACAGUAACGGCAAACCCACCUCUCUUAACAAAUAUUGCAGGCAAUUCACCUGUAAAUCCUACAGUUGUACAGAUUCCUUCGUUAGUGCCUGGUCCAACGAAUGCAAGAAAUCUACAUCCACCAAUGGCAGCAUCUUCAUCCGGUUGGAUGUCAACCUCAAAUAAUAGCACUCAUACGCAUACCUCAGCCACGUCAACGCUCUCUGCCAGCUCAGUUUUAUUGCCACAACAAUUAAUGCUGAUGACAACGACGAAUCCAAAACCAAAUAUAAAUAAUUUUCCAUCAACAAACGUCGCAACAGGAACAACUGGAAGAACGCCUACCUCCAAUAGUUCAGCUGAAAACUCCUUACAAAUUGUGGAAACCAAAAAUCAUAACCGACCUUCGUCCUAUGUGGAUGCCGAAGGCAAUCGAAUUUGGAUUUGUCCCGCGUGCGGCAAAGUGGAUGACGGUUCUGCCAUGAUUGGCUGCGAUGGCUGCGAUGCUUGGUAUCAUUGGAUCUGUGUGGGCAUAACCAUUGCUCCCAAGGACAACGAUGAUUGGUUCUGUCGCGUUUGCAUUACGAAAAAGAAAGUUGGAAGUUCGGAUAAAAAAUCAAAAAAACGAAAUAAAAAAAAUAAUCUUAAAGGAAGACAACUAAAUUUUUUUGUAGAAAACAAGAAAAAAAUGUUAAAUAAAUACAGUGUAUAGCUAACUAAAACUGGCUAACUUCAAAACUGCUGCUUGC